ACACCUGUAUGCGCUUCCAACUCUGCCCCAUCCAAACUCACUCUCCCCAGAGCCAAGAUGGGCGCCUCCCAGGCAGCCCCGUCCUGUGCCGCUCCCCGGGAGCUGUACUGGGAAGACUGAGGGCUUCGCCAAAGGCUGCAGAUUUUGGCACCCGGGCACUCAACUACAAUUCCCGAGAAGCCUUGCGACGGACGCCAUAUUUUGUCCCAGGGCGGGGUCCAUGCCUCUUGCGUCAUCGGAGCGCGGGGCCGCCGUCGCGGAAUGCUAACGUAGAGGCCCUGGCCCGGGCUGUCAGUCACAGCGCGGCCAGGUACGGGCCGAGGGGCCCUGAGGGCCGGCGCCGCGAUGGCGGCGGUAUUUGACCUGGACCUGGAGACGGAGGAAGGCAGCGAGGGCGAGGGCGAGGGCGAACCAGAAUUCAGCCCUGCGGACGUGUGUCCCCUUGCCGAGUUGAGGGCAGCUGGCCCGGAGCCUGUGGGACACUAUGAGGAGGUAGAGCUGACUGAGACCAGUGUGAACCUGGGCCCGGAGCGCAUCGGGCCCCACUGCUUCGAGCUGCUGCGUGUGCUGGGCAAGGGGGGUUAUGGCAAGGUGUUCCAGGUGCGGAAGGUACAAGGCACCAACUUGGGCAAAAUAUAUGCCAUGAAAGUCCUGAGGAAGGCCAAAAUUGUGCGUAACGCCAAGGACACGGCACACACUCAGGCUGAGCGGAACAUUCUAGAGUCAGUGAAGCACCCCUUCAUUGUGGAACUGGCCUAUGCCUUCCAGACUGGCGGCAAACUCUACCUCAUCCUUGAGUGCCUCAGUGGUGGUGAGCUCUUCACACAUCUGGAGCGAGAGGGCAUCUUCCUGGAAGACACGGCCUGCUUCUACCUGGCAGAGAUCACACUGGCCCUGGGCCAUCUUCACUUCCAAGGCAUCAUCUACAGGGACCUUAAACCGGAGAACAUUAUGCUCAACAGCCAGGGCCACAUCAAACUGACAGACUUUGGACUCUGCAAGGAGUCGAUUCAUGAGGGCGCCGUCACCCACACCUUCUGUGGCACCGUCGAGUACAUGGCCCCUGAGAUUCUGGUGCGCAGCGGCCACAACCGCGCGGUGGACUGGUGGAGCCUGGGGGCCUUGAUGUACGACAUGCUCACUGGAUCGCCACCCUUCACAGCAGAGAACCGGAAGAAAACCAUGGACAAGAUCAUCAAAGGGAAGCUGGUGCUGCCCCCCUACCUCACCCCCGAUGCCCGAGACCUUGUCAAAAAGUUUCUGAAGCGGAAUCCCAGCCAACGGAUGGGAGGAGGCCCAGGGGACGCUGCUGAUGUGCAGAGGCACCCCUUUUUUCGGCAUAUUAAUUGGGACGACCUCCUGGCCCGCCGUGUGGACCCCCCUUUCAGGCCCUGUCUGCAGUCAGAGGAGGACGUGAGCCAGUUUGACACCCGCUUCACACGGCAGACGCCAGUGGACAGUCCAGAUGACACGGCCCUCAGUGAGAGCGCCAACCAAGCCUUCCUGGGCUUCACGUACGUGGCACCCUCCGUCCUGGACAGCAUCAAGGAGGGCUUCUCCUUCCAGCCCAAGCUGCGCUCCCCCCGGCGCCUCAACAGCAGCCCCCGGACCCCCAUCAGCCCCCUGAAGUUCUCACCCUUUGAGGGGUUCCGGCCCAGCCCUGGCCCACCGGAGCCCAUGGAGCCCCCUCUACCUCCUCUCCUGCCACCGCCUCCACCACUGCCCUCGAGCACGGCUCCUCUCCCCAUCCGACCUCCCUCAGGCACCAAGAAGUCCAAGAGGGGCCGUGGGCGUCCUGGGCGCUAGGAGACGGUCGGGAUAAGGACAGCUUUCGAGGCCCCUCCCUGCAGGCUGUGAGGACAGCGGGACCCUUGGCCAGUUUCAGAGACCUGGGGGGUGUCUAGGGGUGCUGGAGUGAGUGUGUGAGAGUGUAUGUCUCUGUUGGGAGUGGCUGUGCCCCUGAAUCAUGAGCAUGAAGGGCUGCCGGCCACGGAUGCCAGUGGAGGGCCCCCUACAGCUGAGCUGUGCCCUUGCACAAUUAAAGUAUCAAAUCAUG